AUGUCUCGACACUUUGCGGCUCGCGUGACAUAUCAGACCGUACGUACGUAUCAAGGCCAAGUACAUGCCUACCAGGCUAGCCUCCUAUAUGAUGAAGCAAAAGAUAUCCCAAAGAGAAAAUUAUCGGUAGAGCCCUCGCAAAAACUCCACUCUUUACUGCAAGGUUACAACCCUAACUUCCAGCGCCAUCCUCUGAGAAUGGAAGCAGAUGCUCUUAUAAAAUUGAGCCCACGGCAGCAGAUGUGUUACUACGAUAGAAAAAUGUUUGGUGGAUACUUUGUCCUUCUCCUAGACCGUAUCCUGGUAGACUGCUGCCGGCCCGCGGUCACAGCCUAUCUUAACACAUCCUUUGCACACUCCGUUCCACCGGAUGCUUCGAUCCGCCUGCGUGCAUGGCCCGAGAAAGUGGAAGAGCGCAAAAUCUCCUUUAUUGUAUCCAUCCAGAUCCCUAGGAGCAAGGCGGGUGACCUGAUUGACGCAAUUCAAGCAAAUAGAUUUUUUGUGUAG